AAGGAGGAAGUUGUUUAUGAUUUGGGGUUUCGGCCCAGGCAUUACAUUUGGCAAAAGCCAUCUGGCCUUGGUAGGGUAGGACUCUAAGUAGGACUGAUUUAUAUGAGGAAGUCGCCGUUGUCAUAAUGACCUAAGGCUAAGCAAACCGGUUUCAUAUCUAGGCUGACACUCCCUCACAGCUGUUGGAGUGAGAAACAAACACUUAGAUAUCCAAUAUUCACUCAGUCGAUACCAACUAUUCUCCUGACUAGGCAUGGGUCGAACUGCAGCCUCUGUGCCAAAUGGAAACCUCAAGACACAACUGAACGGGAAUAAAUUAAAAAGCGCCAUUUAUAAGAAAAAUGGAUACCACAAUAAGGCACAGAGGUUUCAGAGACCAGAGUCCUUUGAGCAGGCUCCCAUGUACGUAGCCGUGAUGACAUACCUGGGGUUCGGCAUCGUCACUCUGUUUGGAUACUUCAGAGACUUCCUCAGAGCAAUGGGCCUGGAGAAAUGCCAAAUCGCCAAUGAGAGAGAGGAGCAGAAGGAUUUUGUCCCGCUGUAUCAAGACUUUGAGAACUUCUACACCCGUAACCUGUACAUGAGAGUGAGAGACAGCUGGAACAGACCUAUCUGCAGUCUGCCCGGCCCUGUGUUUGACGUGAUGGAGAGGGUGUCCCCAGAUCACAACUGGACAUUCAGGUUAACAGGGAAGACCAUAGACAACGUCAUCAACAUGGGUUCCUAUAACUACCUGGGUUUCGCUGAGAACAACGCUGAUUUCCUGAAGACUGUAGCAGCCAGAACCCAGCAGUAUGGUCUCGGGGUCUGCAGCACACGACAGGAAAUGGGUAACCUGGCUAUCCAUGAGGAGUUGGAGCGGCUUGUAGCCGCCUUCCUGGGGGUUGAGUCCAGCAUGGCCUUGGGCAUGGGCUUCGCUACCAACUCCAUGAACAUACCAGCACUGGUCGGCAAGGGCUGUCUGAUUCUGAGUGAUGAGCUGAACCACACCUCUCUGAUCUUGGGGGCCAGGUUGUCAGGGGCAACCAUCCGGGUGUUCAAGCACAACAACAUGCAGAGCCUGGAGCGUCUGCUCAGGGAGGCGGUGUGUACUGGGCAGCCUCGGACCCACCGGCCCUGGAAGAAGAUUAUGAUCAUGGUGGAAGGAAUCUAUAGUAUGGAGGGGUCUGUGGUGCGUCUGCCUGACAUCGUAGCCCUGAAGAAGAAGUAUAAGGCCUACCUGUACCUGGAUGAGGCUCACAGUAUCGGGGCGGUGGGGCCGACAGGGAGGGGUGUGACAGAACUGUUCGGUCUGGACCCUUCGGACAUCGACGUCAUGAUGGGAACAUUCACCAAGAGCUUCGGGGCUGCAGGAGGAUUCAUCGCUGGGAAGAAGGAAUUGGUUGACUACCUGCGUAGCUACUCCCACAGUGCGGUCUACUCCUCUGCCAUGUCUCCUCCCAUCAUGGAGCAGAUCCUCAGAGUCAUGAAAUGCAUCAUGGGACUGGAUGGAACCACUGUGGGCCAGGCCAGGGUGCAGCAGCUAGCAGAGAACACACGCUACUUCAGGUCUCGUCUUCAGGAGAUGGGAUUUAUCAUCUAUGGUAACGAUGAUUCUCCUGUGGUCCCAAUUCUGCUCUACAUGCCAGGAAAGGUUGUGGCUUUCUCUCGUGCCAUGCUGAAGAGGAAGAUAGGAGUGGUGGUGGUAGGGUUCCCUGCUACGCCCAUCACAGAGGCACGGGCACGCUUCUGUCUGUCUGCUUCACACACCAAGGCCAUGCUCGACCAGGUGUUGUUUGAUCUGAACGAGGUAGGAGAUGAUCUGUGUCUGAAGUUCUCCCAGAGGAAAUAUUCUCCUCGCCCACAGCAACACAAUAACAACGACGGCACAGGACAGUCAGCUAAUAUACUGAUAGGAUAACCUCUGAACUCUACACUGAGAGUAUUUUAUGGAGGUUCCAUGCCGACAGGGAAUGGCCAUACGUCCCAAUAAUUUGAUCUUUACCCCGAAGUGUGCAAUUGUGCACUCCUCCCCACAAAUUUAAAAAAGCUGGAUCGGUGUAAUCAUGGGUUAGACAGAGUCCAUAAUGGGCAGUGAACAGGUGCACACAAUGACAGAUUGUUGGGACGCUGCCUUCCUUGCCAGUCCAAUACACUGAGAGAGUGGGGUCUCAUGUCUACCAGUCCAAUACACUGAGAGAGUGGGGUCUGAUCUAUACCAGUCCAAUGCACUGAGAGAGUGGGGUCUGAUCUCUACCAGUCCAAUACACUGAGAGAGUGGGGUCUGAUCUCUACCAGUCCAAUACACUGAGAGAGUGGGGUCUGAUCUCUACCAGUCCAAUGCACUGAGAGAGUGGGGCCUCAUGUCUACCAGUCCAAUGCACUGAGAGAGUGGGGUCUCAUGUCUACCAGUCCAAUGCACUGAGAGAGUGGGGUCUCAUGUCUACCAGUCCAAUGCACUGAGAGAGUGGGGUCUGAUCUCUACCAGUCCAAUGCACUGAGAGAGUGGGGUCUGAUCUCUACCAGUCCAAUACACUGAGAGAGUGGGGUCUGAUCUCUACCAGUCCAAUGCACUGAGAGAGUGGGGUCUGAUCUCUACCAGUCCAAUGCACUGAGAGAGUGGGGUCUGAUCUCUACCAGUCCAAUGCACUGAGAGAGUGGGGUCUGAUCUAUACCAGUCCAAUGCACUGAGAGAGUGGGGUCUCAUCUAUACCAGUCCAAUGCACUGAGAGAGUGGGGUCUCAUCUAUACCAGUCCAAUGCACUGAGAGAGUGGGGUCUCAUCUAUACCUUAUACAACCAUAAGGAAAGUCCUGUUCCAAAGGUGUGGUGGAUCCUGCUCCGCUUCUCAGUAUGUGUCUAUAUCAGAAUGUAAAUUAAGCGAUCAUAUACAUUUCUUAUCAUUAUACAAGGCAACCAAUCAUUCCAGGCCGUCAUUGUAAAUAAGAAUGUGUUGUUAACAGGCUGGCAUGAUUUAAAUUAAUGUUACGUUAAUUUAUGUAUCUGAUUUUAAAAUGAAUGUUACGUUGAUUAAUGUAUCUGUCUGUCUCUUGGUGUGUAUGAUGCGUUUA